CCACAGCGACCCUUUAGCCUUUGUUCCCCAUAUAUAUAAAGGUUGUACGUAUUCACCAUUAAUUAGUUAGUAAAUACACAGAGUUCAACAUGGCUAGAAUUCUUCCUGCCUUUAUCGUCUUCUUCCUUCUCUGUUCCUUCUCUGCAACCUCGGUCUCCGCCGGAGAAGAGCAAGGCUUUGGAAGACCUUUGGACCGGAAGAAACACAAGCUCAAGAAAGAGAAGCUCAGCCACUUCAACUUCUUUUUUCAUGACAUCCAGAGUGGCCGGAAUCCCACCGCUGUACAGAUUGUGCCGCCGCCCUCCAACACAUCAAAGACGUUCUUUGGUUUUGUAAACAUGUUUGAUAACCCAUUAACCUUAGGACCCGAACUGAGCUCGAAAACGGUAGGAAAGGCACAGGGGUUUUAUGGCUCUGCUUCACAAGAAGAAUUUGCUUUGUUGAUGGUCAUGAACUUUGCCUUCAUUGAAGGAAAAUAUAAUGGUAGCACUCUUUCCAUUCUCGGAAGGAAUCCGGGCGCCACCAGCAGGGUGAGGGAGUUUCCGGUGAUCGGAGGCAGCGGGCUGUUCAGGUUUGCCAGGGGUUAUGCUCUGGCCACCACUCAUGAGCUGAAUAUGAAGACAGGCGAUGCCAUAAUCGAGUACAAUCUCUAUGUCUUCCAUUAUUGAUGUUCGAUCUUGACCUUUUCUUGGUCAUGACCCAUCAGGUUCCUUUUUCUUUUUUCUUUCACAAACUUCCUAUCUUUAAUUAGCUUUCAAUUAUUCUGGCUACUUUUGACAAACCUUUAAGUCCAUUUGGUUGGUUUGUGUUUGUUUGUAUUACUUCCACAUAUAUUGUACAAUUAAGUAAUAGACAUUUCAGACUUUGUUA